GUAAAUAAUUCAUGUCUGCCACGUUUAAGUUAGAAACCAUAUGGUUGUCACGGACGCCAAAGUCUCACCUGUUUGCUUUUCAGACGAAACUAUUGAAAUGAGUUGCCUGGAUAACCUAGACUUAUAUCGCCAUUUUGGACAUGAAUGACAUUUUAUGCGGUUUAUAUAUAGACGAAUUAUCUCGAAAGAUAACGAUCUUAUAAUUUCUUUAAAAAUGUUAAAGUUUAAUCUUUUCUAUCCAUUCUAUCAGUAACUAACCCCCUUCAGCCCGUGUAGAUGGUUUCGCCCUUGUUGCCUUUAGGGCUCGUAGAAAUGACUUGCUUGAGUUGCAGCAGCAGAAGAAACGCGAGAAACUGUUGAGUUCGUGCGUUAGAGACCACGUCAAGCGUAACACGUUAAUGAAAUCAGACUAUAUAAUAAGCAUGCUUUUUCUGUCCUUUUGUGGAUAUAUUCUCAGAAUUUUGUCAAGUUGUUUUUUUUUUCCUGACUACUAAGGGCUCAGCAGUAAUUUGAGAAGUCGCACAGUGGCUCCCCUGCAGGCCAUUGGGAUACUGCAGCAUUGUGGACCACAACACUGAACGGACAUGCCUCACGUGACUCAAAAUAUAAGGAGCUGAGGGUAAUUGGGAGCUAAAGACUUCACAAGACUUCCUCAAAUCCAUUCUAUGGAGGUCAAAGGUCGCCUCAUCACUGCCAUGGGCUUAGGGGCUCCAGAUGUCCAGGGCUGUCAGGACAGCAAGCUGCAAGUGGAGCGGAUCUCAGAACUGCAGGAGCGAAAGCAGAGUCUGCAGAGCCUUUUGAACAGCCGUCUCGGAGAACUGCGACAAGUGUGUCUUCUGGAGGCGGAGCUCACUGGGAAGCUGCCACAGGAUUUUCCUUUAGAAGAAGGGGAAAGACCUCCCUUUGUUCAGCGCCGAGCUGGUCUGGCCCCUCACAUUACCUCAAAAGGAGAGGAUGACGCAGGUCAGCGACGACAGAUGAAGGCUCUCUUCAGUGGUGCCCUGCGCCGGAGCAUCGAUUCUGAUAAAAAUGCAUUGCAUAGUAAGAGGACUGUUCAUCGGGGAUGCCACACAGAGGAAACUGUGAAGUCAGAGAGCAGUUCAAUGUCAGACUCAACAUCACAUGACAAUGGCUGUAGCUUUGAUACACAACUCUGUCACCUGUGGUUCACAGAGGAUUCGUCUCCCAGUGUGGCACCUGAGCAUCGCUCCUUGUCUCACCCCCGGCUGGCCCCAGGCAGUCCUGACAGUAGGCUCUGCAGAAAGCUGUCACCUGUGGAGAUCUACUAUGAGAUGAGGACUCGCCGCAACUCUGCCUCAAGCUCUGUGAGCCCGAGUCACUCACUCCCAAGAAGUGCAUCCAAUGUGGAGGGCAGAAGUGUUCCAGCCACACCGCUGUUGUCCCGUACUGCACCAAUGAGCGUCCACAUGAGGCCGGAGAUGUCUUUUGGUAUUGCACUAAAGCAGUGGUACGGUAGUCCAGAUGUUCCUCAGUUUGUCCCGUUGGCAUCUUUAGAGGGCUCCUCUUCUGAGCGCCGCAGCUGCCCGUAUGGUUCCCGCGCCCGUCGUAGCAACAGCUCUGAGGCGCUACUCGACCGCUCGAGUCUCCCUGAGCCCGGCCCUUCCCGCAACGGCAUGCCACCCCGAGCUGGACCAUACAAGAGCUCCGAGUCCCUCACAGAUGGGAAGCUCCGUCAGAUCUAUCAAGGCAGCCCAGACAGACAGAUGAUGGGAUUUAAAGACCAGGGUCGAAUGCGCUCCUCUCUGGGCGGCCAAAGCAGUGGCAUGGGUUACAAUGAGAUUUUGAUGGACUACAUUUGGGGCAAACAGCAAAAGGGGCCCAUCCAGGCUCAACAGAACCAGUCAGCAGGACGAAUCUGGCCAGACUUCUCCACUCCUCCAUCGGGCACCCCUCCACACUACAAUGGUUUCUCUCAUUCGCAGUUACAUCUGGCGGCGGCUCCACCUUUUUACAGCCCCAUGCUGCUGCGGGGUCAAGAGGCUGAACCCCGUCGGGUAAAAGUGACACGCACAAAGUCCUGUGGACCCUUCAUCCCUUUACAGCAGCACUCACAGGAUGCCGUGUUGUUCUCUGCGUAUGACCUAUCACAUCCCUCUGCUGGAUCCACAGCUUCUUCUAUUCCUAACCUGCUCCCUCACCACACAGAGCUGUCCACUGCUGCAGCGCUCGGCCGCAGACCACCUCAGUUCUCUCUGCCCACUCCUGAGGACUCCACCCGCAGUCUGCACAAGGCUCUGGCUCUGGAAGGACUCCGGGACUGGUAUCUGAGGAACGCCUUAGGUUAUUCCACUAUGGCCAAAGGUCACGAUGGACUCACCAUGCGCCAUUCACAUACUCACCACCUGGUGCACCAGCCUCAGUCCGUUACAGGCGACCCACUGUACUCUGUGCACCGUCAAAUACCUCAGUCAGCUUCAUUUCAUGGGCAUCCCUUGCAUGCCAGGUCUGUGGAGCUCUCUCUCUACUCGGAGCCUUUUCCCACCGAGGGGGGCGCUCCGAAAGAGUCGGGCUCUGAGCCUCCUUCACCUGGAACACUUGUCUGACUGGCAGCCAACACACCCCACAGCCUCCAGUGCAACCCGUUACAAUAUCUGAUGCAAAAUGACACCAUGUUUUAGGCAUGCACCAGUCCAAUACUGUGCUCAAAAUUAAGGGGGAAAAACCAUUAAAACAAUGCUAUUAUACAAUAAUUCUUUGUAGCAUAAAUGCUGGCACACAAACAAUGACAGCAGGACAAAAUUGAAUUUGAUUGGAGAUAGGUAUAUAAUUACAGCAUUAUUUAAAAGUACAAUUAUUAAACUGUAUUUAAAAAUGAUAUUGGUGCAUCCCUUUAUUGUUGAGCAAAUAAGGAGGCAUCUGUAACAGCUCAGAACAGAAAUCGAGGAGCUUUUUUCCCUCCUUCAUUCUCUGUUUAUGUAUUAUUGGGAUGUUAUUGUAAUGUAUUUACAUUUUCAAAACAAAAUAUAAAGGUAAUCAUAUCAUCUCAACUUCAUCCUGAGAUAUAUAGAUAUAUAUAUAUUUUCAGAGAAUGAAAUAUAUUAUAAGAUGUAGGUAUUCUAAAUGACUAUUUUGUAACCAAUAUGUUUCAGGUUAACAGUCAUUUAAUUAUAUACAGAGUUUAAUGAACUCGUGCGUUUUAAUGUACUAUAACAGCAGUGAAUGUGUUGCAUACCUGUUUGUUUAUAUCUGUAUAUCUAAAUAUAUAUAUGUAGCUAUGAAGAGUAUGCUAUAAAGCAUUUCAUAUAGAGGCCCUUGAAGUGAAGUUGAGCUUUCACUUAGACUAGAGGGUUUAUGUUCUCUGACGUCUUAGACAUGCAAACAACUUAUGCCUGAACUAAGAAAUGAACUGUAAAGCUCUAAUAAAGCUAUUUAUAAUGUUUAGCCCACAGUCACAGCCCACAAUCCACAAAUUCAAAGGACUGUUGACCUAAAAUAUUGAGAUCUUGAACUCUAAAAUAGUCUUGAGGCCUCUUCACACCAAGUCAAAAAAGUUGCAUGAGAAGAAUGGUGCAUUCAAAAUGAAAAAAAAAAAAUGCAUUCCUAAAAAAUAUAUUCUUAUGAUGUGAUUAUUCGCUUUUUUUAUUAUUUAGUAAAAAAAAUAUUUUUUGUUGUUGUUGUUUUUUAAGAUGCCUAAUAGUUUGAGUUUACCAGUUUGAUAAAAAUUGGCAUCAGAUUCUAAGCAAAUAGUUUUGGUGCGAGAUUAUUUGCAAAUAUUUUAUACUUUCAUGUUUGGUCGCAUCCGUCUUGGUAACCCCUUUAAUAGAUAUUCUUGAAUAUUUGACAAAUCUUAAGUGAUCAUCUACUGUAGUUUACAUGUUGAGCAGUGGCAUAAGCUGGACUUAUGUUACCACUCUUUAGGAACAAAAUACCUUAUAAUUGUCUUAACCAGUCAGUAUGUUAUCCUUCUGUUUACCAAUUAGUUUUUUCAAAUUUUGUUACAGUUCGUGACUUGAUGUUUUUUUUUUCUUUGAACUUUCUUCUUCCUGAAAUACAGUAUAAUUAAUUCUGGCAAAAAAAUACCAGAAUAUUGUGAUUAUCCUCGAAAUCAGUACAAUUUGCUGGGCACUGUAUUAAAAGACUAUAGGUUUUUUCUGCCCAUGUUAAGCCUACAGAUUAUUGCUUAAACUGCAGAACAUAGGACCUAUGAUGGUUUUAGUUUCAAAUUAUGGUUUAUUUAAUAAGCAACUUGGUUAAUUAGACUUGAACAAUUCAUGUGUAGUUGCUUCUCCUCAUCUUGCGGGUUUGUGAGGUGCCUCCCGCUGGUAUCUGAAAGUCAUGACCUAACAGCUGUGCAUUGCUAGUCUCUUUUAGUGUAUUUUGGUGACAUAAAUGUCUGUACUGUAAUAAAUGAUAAAUAAUGAAAAAUACCUAUAUGUAGCAACUUGAAUAAACAAUAUAUAUUGUA